AUGGCGACUAUUUUCAGACCUUCGAUUUCGAUUGAUCUACGACCAAAGGUUAAUUGUACAAAUCUCUCUCCGAAAGAACGAAUUGAGUUUCAGAAGAAGAGUUUGAGGAAAGAGAGGCUCAAUGUAAGGUUAUGUAGCUUGAAGGUUAACAAAGCGCAAGGAUCAAUUGAUGGGCUCACUGUGGUAGAAGAGAAAGUGGUUAACAAUAAAACCGAUUAUGGAGUUGUUGGGGUUCACCAUGUUGCAGUGCUCUGCGAGAACCUAGAACGGUCGCUCGAGUUUUACCAGAACAUUUUAGGCCUUGAGAUCAACGAGGCAAGGCCACAUGAUAAGCUUCCGUAUAGAGGAGCAUGGUUGUGGGUAGGUUCUGAGAUGAUUCAUCUUAUGGAGCUUCCAAAUCCAGAUCCAUUAACUGGUAGACCCGAGCAUGGAGGCCGUGAUCGACACUCUUGUAUCGCAAUCCGUGAUGUUUCAAGCCUGAAAGAGAUUUUUGACAAAGCUGGGAUUAAGUAUACGCUGAGUAAGUCAGGGAGGCCAGCGAUAUUUACUCAUGAUCCAGACGCAAACGCUCUUGAGUUUACUCAAGUUUGA